AUUCGAUUUGUCCCGUCUCUGCAGCAUUUCCUCUGCACCUUUCACAAAUUCCAAAAUAAAACAAUCAUACAAAAAACAUUCAUUAAAACAUUCAUAAACCCUAGACCUUCAAUCCUCUUCAAUGGAGUCUCUCUCACGUCCUUUUCACUCCAGAAAACUAUCCAAUGCUACUUCCUUCUCACCGAAAAACGCCUACCAUGGCGUUUUUUCCGGCCACCGUCACAACUAUGCUGGAACUCCAGGUAUUGACGUUCAAGACUACCGUGAAAUUUUUGCUACCUCUCAAGUUGCUUCUUCAAUUCCGGUGCUUGAUCUUUCAAACUUAGGAGUAACGGCUGAUGCCACGAGUUUAAACACUCGGAGUUCGAAGCCGGAUUACUCUAAGAUUUUCGGUGGAUUUCGUGAUGAAGAUGUCGCUGUUUCUUACGAAGAAUUGUUUGCUCGCGACAAAGCUAGUCCCUCAUCAAUAAGAUCAACUUCUCAAGAUUCUGAUGAUUUGUGUCAUCAAUCUUCCAAUGCCUUGAAGCAGUUUAACAUGUCAUAUCACAAGAUCAGCCCAAAGAGUAAAGAUGGGUUAGAUGGGACAAGACAUGUCACACAAUUACAUGCUGUACCUGGAUUUACUUGUUUUAUUGAUGAAACAUCUCUUCCACCGAAGAUGGAAGCCGAGAAGCACAAAUCCUCAGCAGUUGAUGUUAGUGUAGAUUCCAGUAAAGAGGGUUUUGCCAAGAAACAACCUUCAGAAAAUGCUGUCAGAAGAAAAAGUAAACCUCAUCCUGGUGAAUCCUUUUCUGAAGACAAACUUUUGAAAACAUUUGAGAUAGGUCUCAGAUCGCAACCCUCCACAGUAUUGCCUCCUUCAGCUUCGUUGACCAAAGUAGAUAAUCACAAAACUUAUUCUAAGAUACCAACUGCUAUAAAUUCUGAGUCAUGUAAAACUAAUGCUACUGAAAGUGCUGAUGCCAGAUUUUCACCUACUUAUGUUCAUGAGGAACUUGAUAUCAAUUCAGCUGCUGCUGCUUCUGCAGCUGCUCUAAGAAAAGCCAUAGAGAAGGCUCAAGAAAGUAUACGGAUUGCAAAAGAAUCAGUUGGCAGAAAGAAGAAAGGUCUUCGGAGCUUUUCAAGUAAAAGUGCUACAGAGAGCUUGAAAGUUGAUGGUGGAAUGGAGGAUGUAACUGCAGAUGAAGAACAGAAAUGCAAAGUUGAAGUGACAGGGGUAUUUGAAAGAGUUUCUGCUUCAUCACAGGCUUUUCCGGAUUUGGGAAGGAAUCGUAAAUAUGGUGGCACCGUAGUUUUUCCAGAUUUCAUGGAUGGGGAGAAACUUUUUGUUGCCAAGAAGGUUAUAGAUGAAAUGAAUGGGAAAAUUUCAGAAUCAACAAAAGCAUGCUCAAUACCAGUACAGUCUUCUAACAAAUUUAAAGAUGAUAUGAUUAUUUCUAACCCUAAACAAUUCAUGGGUGAAACAGAAUUCCAGCCUCUUGAUUCAGCUGCAAAAGACAGAUAUGUGACCGUGUCCUCCGAAGCAGUCGAUACUGAAAAAAGCAGGAAUGACACCUCGGGCUUUGUGCAUGCAGAUCAAACAAAUAACAUAUCUGUAGAUGAUUACGAAGGCGAAAUCAAGAAAACCAAACCCACCGCUGGUGUCUUGGAACACCAGGGUGUUGUGAAAAAACCAGAAUCAGUUGAAAGAGCUUAUGAACUAGAAGAAGUUGGAAAACAAGAUGCUCUUAGCGUAGCACAAGGGUUGGAAGGGGGGGAAGGUACACUAAAAUCAGCUUCCUUUAUGCACAAAACAUGUGGGGUUAGACAGGAGGAUGGAGCAUCUGCACAGAGACCACAAGGUUUCCUUAAGAUAGUAGAAGCUGACAAGUCCAGAGAAUCACUGGAAAAUAAGGAUGAAGCAAGACCAAGUAAUGUCAACGAAUUAGCUAAGGGAUUGGCCAACUUAACUGUGGCUCAAAAGGUGGAAGAUGAGAAGAAAGAAUCCCAAGUGUCUUAUCAAAAUGAUGAUGAGAAGAGAUUGAAUGAAGUGUUAGGGUUAUUGGAAAAUGAGAAACAAGAGGUUCUUCAACAAGAACAUGUUGAGAACGUAGAAAAUGAAGAGAUGCAUAGAAAGAAGAAUAAUGAAGCAAGUGAUAAGGGGCUUGAGGAGGCUUCUCAAUGUCUUGAAAGUGAGAAUGAAUCCAAAGAUGACAUCAAAACUGAAAGCCACAAGGAAGAAGAAACCAGAGAGAUGUUUUAUGAUGUUUGUGAGCUGGAAAUGAAGGAUAGUGCACAAACUUGUGUCACUAGCAUAGAAGAAAUUGAAAUGACUCUGCAAGACGAUUGUGAGAUGAAACAGGAAGAUAAUCACACAGGUGAAAAAAAGAGGGACAGUUUGGAUGAAGCCUGUGAUCAUGAAUUUGAUGAGAACUCAUCAGGUGACGAUAAUCCUACAGUAGAAACUGAUAAUGUAGAUGAUACACUAGAGUCUUGCAAAGUUGAUAUGAACGACAACAACGUGGAAACAACUCAAGACGUUGAUGAUGUUGGAAGCAGCCCAGUGCAUGUUACAGGAGCUUCCUGUGAGUUCCAAAUAGAAGACACAGAAGCAAUACAAGGAGCAGAUGAAUUGGAAGGAGAGUUCUUUGAAAAGACUUCCAGUGAUCAAACUAUCUCUGACGACAAUGAAGAUGAAUGUGAAGUGAAAUAUGACAAUUUGGCAGACCUUGAUUCAGCUGACACUGCUCUUGGUCAAAAUGAAACUGAAGAGAGUGAUGUACGAUCUGAAUCAUCUUCAGGUACUGUACGUGGUGUGGAGGAAGAGGCUGAUGAAUCUAACAAAGAAAAGAAUACUAUCGAUGAGGAGAAAAUUGUUCCUAGGGAGGAAAAAGAAAGUAAUAUCCGACUGCCUCAUAAGGAAAUGCCUGAAGUUGGAAGUAUAAAUGAAAUGAAAGCAUCUGAAGAACCUCGAGUCUCAAAUGAGACAGAAAAAACCAUGGAUGUCAACGAGGAGACCACAACAAGAAGCCAAUACAAAGAAAAGGAAGACAAAAUUGGGGAAACUGGGCCAAAGAAAGUGGCAGGAAAAGAGCACCGCAGAAAGUGGCACGAAAUUGAUGAAGUGACUGCCAGAGAAAGGGAGCGCGAGAAAAAUAGGUUGGCUGUUGACAGAGCAAUCCGUGAAGCUCGUGAGCGUGCCUUUGCUGAAACCCGUGAGAGAGCUGAACGUGCUGCUGUUGAGAAAGCUACCGAGGAAGUUAGACAAAGAAUGAUGGCUGAUGCCCGAGAAAAGGCUGCAAAAGCUUCUGUUGUAACCAAAUCAUCUUCCGAGAGAAUCGCACAGUCCAAGCUUAGAGCAGAGCGUGCUGCAGUAGAGCGAGCCACAUCAGAAGCUCGCCAACGAGCUUUAGAGAAGGCAAUAUCUCAGAAGAGUGUUUCUGAGGCAGGGCCCUUGCAGGAUUUACACAGUUCCAAUGAAACAAGUACUGAAUCCGCUCAGAGAAGUAAAGCAAAACUAGAAAAGCACAACAGGAUCAUGGAAAGGGUGGCUACAGCGCUUGCAGAAAAAGAGAAGCGGGAUCUACUUGCUCAAAAGGAACAAGCCGAAAGAAAUCGAUUAGCAGAAAAUCUUAAUGCUAAUAUCAAAAGGUGGUCAAGCGGGAAAGAAGGGAACUUGCGCGCAUUGCUUUCAACACUACAAUAUAUCCUCGGACCUGACAGCGGUUGGCAAGCGGUUUCACUGACAGAGAUCGUAAGCUCUAGUGCUGUAAAGAAAGCGUACAGGAAAGCUACACUUUGUGUUCAUCCCGACAAGCUGCAACAACGGGGGGCAAGCGUUCAACACAAAUAUAUAUGCGAAAAGGUCUUUGAUCUUUUAAAGGAGGCUUGGAAUAGAUUCAACGCUGAGGAGAGAUAGCAGCCUCAUACUUUCAGGUAAGCGUUUUUGUAUCACCUUGAUUGGAAGUUGGAAGAAGGUGGUGGUGCUGAUGGUGGC